AUGAUGGUGGCGGACCGAGCCACUGGGACAGGCGAACAAGGCCCGUCCUGCCUUUCCACUGUCCGGAGGAUUUUUUUUGUUUUUUCAGCGCCCAGCCAGGGAACCUCAGGUCUGCCCUACGCCAAACCUUGGUAUCCAAUGCCGCCUUCGCCGCCUCAGAUGGCCGCCUGGCUAGCCAACAGUUCGCACCCAGCGGUUGGGCUCCCUGAGCCCUGCCUUGGGCAAAGACCGGUCACAAAUUUGUUGGACUCGAAGCACCUUCCAGGCGUGUGCGAAGUACUGCACCGUAUGAUUUCUCAUGAGCAAAAUCGAUACCCUGGCGACGACUGGUUUUGGGCGGUCCAGUCGGCGGGUCUCGAGGUUGUGACGCGGCUGGUGAGUCUGCGCAGCAUCACAUCACGGAUCUUGCCAGGCGGGACAUGGAACAAUUCGGACAGGAAGCGACGGCUGCUCACCCUUGGCGGUCACUCUUGA